AUGUGCAGCAAGAGUCUUGGGUUAAGUGCGACUGAGAGGCAAUAUUGCGAGCUCAUCGAGUGCGACGGUGAGUUGGGCGUGAGUAGAAAAGAGCUGUGGUACCGUUCUGGUUACAAUCAGCGUCGGGCUUUUCCGUUUUCGAGUUUCUCUCCGAAAGAGGUCAAGGGGUCUUUGUAUGUCUCGUACGCGCGUGCAUUUGCGAGAGGGCGAACGGGAGACUACAAGGUGAGCAAAGGCCCGAGUGAUUUGAGUAUAAAGCUCGCGUGUGUUGAAUUCAAACUCACGGACGAGUUCUUGUAUCAGUUGAAGGGGUCGAUUGCCUUCACUCAUGUUAUUAUAGCGAGUAAAUUGUUACCAGCGAGUGUGACCGAAGUCAAGGGCUUCUUCGAAUGUUUCAGAGGAUUUGGGUAG